CCUGGAUCUGUUUCCUCUCUCCGAGCACCGUGCACAGUGACAUGGCAUCCUCAUAGCGGCUGUCAGCAGCAGCAGCAGCCGCAGCAUCAUGGAGCCUCUCCGGCCGCAGAGGCGCACCGCAGCCCGGGUUCUGGACACCCUGACGCCGGCCUGGAUCCUCCUGAUCGCCGGGGCAGUGAAGGCGGAGGACGGAGGAGCAAUGGAGGAGCUCACCACGGAGAAGGAGGCGGAGGAAAGUCACCGCCAGGACAGCGUUAAUUUACUCACAUUCAUUCUGCUGCUGACCUUAACCAUUCUCACCAUAUGGCUCUUCAAGCACAGGCGGGUGCGAUUCCUGCACGAGACCGGGCUCGCGAUGAUUUACGGUUUGCUGGUGGGGGUGAUCCUGCGGUACGGCAUCCCAGCCACCAGCUACCACAACAAGACCCCCCCCAGCUGCUCUCUGAAGGAGGGGCCGGUCAGCACCGUCCUGCUGAACAUCAGCGGGAAGUUCUUCGAGUAUACGCUGAAGGGAGAGAUCAACUCCAGAGAGAUCCACAACGUGGAGCAGAACGACAUGCUGCGCAAAGUGACGUUUGACCCUGAAGUGUUCUUCAACAUUUUGCUGCCUCCCAUUAUUUUCCACGCCGGGUACAGUCUGAAGAAGAGACACUUCUUCAGGAACAUGGGCUCCAUCAUCACCUACGCCUUUCUGGGAACAGCCAUCUCAUGCUUCGUCAUCGGGAAUCUGAUGUACGGCGUGGUGAAACUCAUGCAGGUUCUGGGACAGCUGACGGACAAGUUCUACUACACAGACUGCCUCUUCUUCGGUGCCAUUAUCUCUGCUACAGACCCAGUGACGGUGUUGGCCAUCUUCAAUGAGCUGCACGCUGACGGGGAUCUCUACGCUCUGCUGUUCGGAGAGAGCGUGAUGAACGACGCCGUGGCCAUCGUGCUCUCCUCCUCCAUCGUGGCGUACCAGCCCAGUGGAGCGAACACCCACAUGUUCGAUGCCGCCGCCUUCUUCAAGUCGGUCGGGGUCUUCCUGGGGAUCUUCAGCGGCUCCUUCGUGAUGGGAGCAGCCACCGGCGUCGUCACCGCUCUCGUCACCAAGUUCACGAAGCUGCACUGCUUCCCGCUGCUGGAGACGGCGCUCUUCUUCCUCAUGUCCUGGAGCACCUUCCUGCUGGCCGAGGCCUGCGGGUUCACAGGUGUGGUGGCCGUGCUGUUCUGUGGCAUCACUCAGGCUCACUACACCUCCAACAACCUCUCUGCAGAGUCCACGCAGCGCACCAAGCAGCUGUUCGAGGUGCUCCACUUCCUGGCGGAGAACUUCAUCUUCUCCUACAUGGGUCUGGCUCUGUUCACCUUCCAGAACCACAUCUUCAGCCCCAUCUUCAUCAUCGGGGCUUUCAUGGCCAUCUUCAUCGGCAGAGCGUUCAACAUCUACCCGCUGUCCUUCUUCCUGAACCUGGGCCGGAGGCACAAGAUCAAAGGGAACUUCCAGCACAUGAUGAUGUUCGCAGGUCUGCGUGGAGCGAUGGCGUUCGCGCUGGCGAUCCGCGACACGGCGACGUACGCCCGGCAGAUGAUGUUCACCACCACGCUGCUCAUCGUCUUCUUCACCGUCUGGGUGUUCGGGGGGGGCACCACCCCCAUGCUGUCCUUUCCUGCACAUCAGGUAGGAUAUACCGCUCCUGCACAUCUGCAGUGUUUCAGGGUCGGUGUGGACCCAGAUCAGGACCAGCAGCCGUGCACAGACAGCUUCCAGGUCCUGCAGGGGGACGGGCCUCAGGCUGAAGGACAGAGUAAAACCAAACAGGAGAGCGCCUGGCUCUUCAGACUGUGGUACACCUUCGAUCACAAUUACCUGAAGCCCAUCCUGACGCACAGCGGCCCCCCCCUCACCUCCACGCUGCCCGCAUACUGCAGCCCGCUGGCGAGCUGUCUGACCAGCCAGCAGGCGUACGAGAACCAGCUGAGGGACGACCCUGACUUCAUGCGUGGCGACGGCGGCGACCUGUCCUUCACGUUUGGAGACACCACCAUCACGGCCAACGGGGCGUCCGGCAGCGGCGGGGUCGGCGGUGGAGGGGAAACAGCCGGAGCAUCGGGCUGGAGCAUGAACGGCAGGAGGAGCGGCAGCACCUCGGAGGAGGCGCUGGAGCGCGAGCUGGACUCCCGCGAACAGGAGCUGCUGAGCCGGGGAACGCGACUCGUUUUCCCCAUCGAGGAUCACUCUGACCCCCCGCUGACCCCCGUGUUUGUAGUCCUUCAGAGAUGAGAGGGAGGAUAGGACGAGAGAGCGCCCCAGGAGCAGAGCAGGAGAAGCUUUUCAUCCUCCAGGAGACGUGCAUCCUCUCCACCCAUCACUGAUUGUUUCCUUGCAUUAUCAGAAGGACCAACAAAAAAAAUCACCAUGCCAGAUUCAGGCUGUUUUGAACAUGUGACACUGUGUGUGUGCAGCCGAAAAAGAAGAAGACUCAUCACGAGAUCCGACCAAAAUGCUUCUUCGCCAUCACCCCCCAUCUACGCUCUGAAACCCUAAACUUUGAUGGUUUAUAAUUCCUCUUUGUACCAUUCAUCCGAAGCUGCUGACUGUGUUUGGUCUGUUUGUGAGGAUGCUCUUUUUGCUUCACACACACUCUCUUGUGUGGGGGGGAUUGUGGGGACCGUGAAUGUGUUCGGCCGACACCGCUCGUCAUGGGUGAAGCAGCGCGGGUGGAGAAUGUAAAUAGCUACAAUGCAGAGCUUUGUUCCCGCUUCUUGUCAGUGCAUUUCGUCCCAUGACUGUUACAAAAAGCGUCUGUUCGUCCAAGUGUCUGAGCUGGAUCUUUGUCUGCGUCCCGGCCUGGUUUUCAUUACAACAACAUGGACGAGCUUUGAUGCUCAUUGUCGCUGCCAAGGCACAGGUGGUUCAUUCGUCUGCAGGAGAACUACUGGCUCGAUUUUCAUGAAACCUGGUGGAAGGGUACAACACGAGACAGAGAAGGGCACAUUUUAAUUUCGAUUGGAUCUGAGUGAUGGGGCGGAAACACAAACUAAGAUUAGCUUUUGUUCGCAUUGUGAGACCAAGCAUGCAGAAUGAUAGUAAUCAAAACAAAUGAGUUAUUCACAUAAAAGUUUGAAAUGCAACACUGAAAAUCGGGGAACAUUUUGUUGGUAUAUCUCACCCGGUUCCUCAUCUCUCACACUAAAAUAAGCCUUCAUCACAUCAUCUUUUUGGCGUCAUUGUUGUUUCCACAUUUAGAUUUUAAGCUCAUGCACACUCCGAAUCCAGAACAUCAUGUGAAUGCACCAUCUGGCUUAGUGGGGGUCUGCAUUUUCUAGUUUCCUAUUAGAACAGUGCACUGAUGGCGGAUUUUCUUAGGCCGACCCUGAAGUAAGCACCACAAGGGCUCCCUCCACAAAAAGCCAAUGGGAUUCUUUCUUUUGGAUUUUGGAUUAUUACAUAAAAAUAUACUUGCAUGUUUUUGUUCAGCAGGAUAAUCUCCAAAUAUUAACACCACUUUAUGACUCGCAAAAAGCUAACGUAAGGCUAUAAAGGAACUACUGCACGGUCACAUGGCUACACAGCACCACUCAAUAAGAUAACACCCCCCUAUUUCCACCCAGAAUUUGGUCAGUUCUUCCUCUGCCCUUGCUCCACCCUUACACAAAGUUUCAUGCAGAUGAGGUUAGUUGUUUUUCCGUAAUCCCGGAGACAGAUAAGCAACAGAAAAGUAAGCCUCCUUAUGGAGUUUCUGUUGUUGAUGCAUCCAUUUAUGUUCACCUUCAACUAACAGUCGUUUUCAUUAUCAAUGAAUCUGUUGAUGAUUUCCCUCAUGUUAUGGAUGUGUUGUUUAGUCCAUGAAUGUCAGAAAAUAGUAAAAAAGAUCUCCAUCACAGUUUAUAAGAACUUGUUCAAAUUGCUUGUUUUGUUCAGAAGUUUUUCUUCAGAUUCUCCGACUUUAAAUGUAAAUGUUCUAACUUUCUGAAACGUAUAAUCCCAAAUAAAGAAGAGCAGCCACUUUAACAAAUACUGACCAAGGUGCCGGGUGCUCAGAUGUUAUUUCCCUUGUAUAGAAAUACAGGGUAAUAAAGACACUUCCGUAACCUUUGAUUCCAUUAAACCUGAUCCCCGUUUAUCUGAUAAUGCACGUAAUAAAAAGGAACACAGG